AUGAAGUUGCCACUUUUUUGGAUAUCGUUACUUUUCCUUCAUGGAGUCCGUUCGCAGGUUUGUUUCUGUUUUUUUUGCGUCUUCCAAACUUUGUUAGGCAUUUCGAACGGCUUUCAAAACACAUAUAUAUUCCCCAAAGGAGGGUUGACAAAUUUGUCCCCAGGGUAACUCUUAUUUGUUUCCGAACAUUUUUUAAUUUUGCGUUUGAUUUAUUUCAAAAAACUUUUCCAGAACUGUAACUACGUCACUCUGGUCAAAUGCUUCAUAAAUAUUUUGGAUGAUUGGACUUGGACUCUCUACGAAUUGAAAGAAAACGUGGUCACAAUCAACGAGGAUCAAUGCAAACAUUUGAAGGAGCUGGACAGAUGCAUUCAGGUCUGUUUCUUUUAGAUAAGGGAUUACUCAUCGCGGGGAUGUCAACCCCAGUUUUGACCGUAUGAUGGAUUUGGUUUCUAAAUGAAUUAAUUAAUAAGGAGAAGGGAAGAGGGUCCCGUUCGACCGGAAAUGGCUUUGCCGCAAAGCCGGAUCUCUUUCGGAUAUGCAAAUUCGGGGCUUUAAACAAACCGACUACAAAGCGGCCUUAAACGGCGCUCGAAUAGGGCUCAAUUAACGAUCCGUUCGAAUCAUUAAGUCCAACUCUUCUUCCAAACACAAUUCCCGAUUAGAUUGGCCGAGGGCCAACAGAGUGGUCACUCGGAAAUAAGCGGGGACCAUUGGCAUGUUUUGAGGACAAAUUGAAUUUGAAAAUUUGCAGGACGACGGCCCCAUCCCUCAUGAAUGCAAUCACAACGAGAUUGUGGCCGCUUCUAACACCGUCAGCGAUCUGUUGACCCAUCGCAAGAACUCGGGCAGCUUCCUCAAAAGUUAUUAUCUCCUCACUUAUGCGUGCUCCCCCGAAGGCCAAGAACUUCUGAACGAACACAGGAGUUGUUUGUCAGCAGAAAAGAUUGGAGAAAUGACUUUGUCAGCCGGAACGUAUCUUAGCGAGAAGUUCUUGGAGCAUCCUGACGAUCAAGUUUGCACCGAAGUCAACAACAAACUGCAGGAAUAUAUGGAUGCGAUGAGCGGAUUAUGUCAGGAAGAAGCCUCGCAGAUUAUGUGCAAGAGCUUGGUUAAUAUGUUCAAGGUAAUGAUUUAUUCAUUAAGGAAAGCAAUGUAAUACAUUAAGCGUCGUACUUGAGUUGUAACGAAUACAUUAUCAAAAACUUCAAGACCCGAAAAGUACUGUAAAAUUAACCAAUAUCAACUUUCAGGGCCUUCAUGCCGACAAAUUACAUAACUGUGAAUUCACUUGUCUCCGACAAUUGACAACUCCGUCUCCUGUCCAGGGUGAAGUGGUUGAUCAGAUGAAUGCAAACAGCGACCAACUGGCUUCAGGGUCCUCGACAUAUAUCACAUCGACCUUGAUUCUGGUGAUGGCGACCUUCUUGAUCAGAUGA